AUGCUGCGAGUUUCGGAUGUCGCUGACGCUUGGAUCGGCCGCGCACUCACCACUUCGUGCAGCCACACGGAACGCAACAUUAAAGGCAGAGACUUCCUGGUGUUUCCGAACGGCACGUACAUGAUAAACAACAUGAGCAGAGCCGUCUCCAGACAGUCGGUGCUGCGGAACACGAGCGCAAAGUUCUACGACACGCUGCCUUUGCUCAGCAGCCGCGCACGUGAGAGACCCGUUGUUGUGAUGGACGGCGACCGCUGCACUCCCUCUCCCCAAAUUGCGAUCAUGAGCUGCCGCGACGCUUCGAGCCCUAACGUGGUGGUCUGGCCGAUGUAUCGGAUGCUCGAACAGGAUGUGGCGAGGCUCUGGCCCGAGCUGCUCAGCGUCGCCGUGCCGUGGUCGCAGCGACGGCCCGUGGUGGUGUGGCGCGGCAGCCUGUCCACAGGCCUUGGUCGCACUGACGGCACCUCGCGCCUUGAUGUGGUGAGUGCGCUGCGUGCACACGGUGGCUCCCUCUUCGACACUGGCCUGCACGAUCUUGCGCCACACAACAAAACCGGGGAUGGCCUGCGUAGCGUCAAGUUCGACCAGUAUCUCACGGCCGUACAGCAGGCGCAGCGCUAUCAGAUGCUGCUGAUCCUGCCCGGCAAUGGCGCCGCUUCUGCGUCCGUCUGGGCGAUGGCAAGCGGCUGCACGCUGCUGAUGGAGGCCACGCAGACGGCGGUCACGUGGACGACCAGCCUCGCCCGCCCGUGGGAGCACUUCAUUCCGGUCGAUCUCGCGAACGUAUCAGACAUCAUCCGGGGGGCGCGCUUCUGCGUCGACCACAGCGAGGAGUGCGAGCACAUCGCCAUGAGCGCGCGCCGCCUCCUCGUCGCCGCCUACUGGCCCGCCGGCACUGCGGAGUACGCGGCAGAGCUCGCGGCCCUGCCUGCGGCUAGCCGCACGCGGAAGGCGGCGAACCCGCAGUGCGCGCCGCGACCCGAGCUGUACGUGCCGACCAUCGGGGGAGUGGCGAACGAAGUCAAAGGUGCGACUGAGCUGGAUUUGUUGGGCGCAGGGCAGGUCCAGCAUCGCGCUGCUACGUCAGAUGAUCCUGGCACUGAGGCGCAGCAGGUCGAGCCGCUUGUGAUCGGUGCUGGCUGGGGCUCGACCGCGACGAGAGCGCUCGCGACGGCCAUGAAACAAUUUGGGCUCACAACCGGCCACUGCUCUCAUUACUACAAUGCAUCGGCCGGCGUGAACUGCCCCCUUUCCUUCUGCUCCGAGAUGCACAAUCUGCUGCAGGGCCGGCUAUGCAAAUACCUCGCACAGGAGACAAAGGACCCGGCGCUCUUCCGGGUCUUCGACGGGCUGGAUGCCGUCUUCGACACGCCCGUGCCCAACUUUUUCCCGUACCUUUGGCGAGCGUAUGGACCAACUGCGCGCGUCGUCCUCACUGUUCGUCCAGCCGCCGCCUGGUUCGCCUCUCGCUCACGCCACCACAGGGGGUCGUAUGAGCAAUCGGUGGCCGUGAACGAUACGAGUUUGCGGGCAGCGGAUCCGCCCGACGUUUGGCAAGGGGGGGUGGACAGGGACGUACCGCUCUGGGAGCUUCUGAACCCCGCGUGUGAUGCUUCCGCCAAGGCUCGGCAGAAGGAGCUCAACUUGCUCAGGAGCGGCGGCGGCGCCGACUCCGAUACGGUCCGGCUUGCAUUUGAGGCGCACAAUGCGCUCGUGCGCUCCCUCGUGCCCGCCUCGCGCCUGCUCGAGAUCGACAUCACCGCGCUCUCCGCCAACGAGUCCUGGUCGCGCCUCUCCAGGUUUCUGCGUCGCCCGGUCCCUCGCGACGCAUGCCUCGCCGCGGGCUGCCGGUUCCCCGCGCUCAUCAAGGGUGCCGGGACGCCACUACGGAUAGCAGGCAAUUCGCUCGUCACUACUGGUACUGCGGCGGACGACGAGCGGUGUCGAUUAUCACGCCAGGCAGGGACGUUAGGAGCCUCCCUCCAAGAGCCGAUGUGA